GCACUGAGCUUCUAGAUAUCCCGCCUUCGAAAAGUAUCUCCCGCACAUCUCCAUUUCCACCACCCAUAGAUCACUUUCAAGAUGGCACAGUCUCUAAAUAACCUCUACAAGUUCAUCGUUCCUUUGGGAAUUGCAACUGCGGCUGUUCAGUCCUCUAUAUAUGAUGUGAAGGGUGGCUCUCGAGCAGUUAUUUUCGAUCGUUUAUCCGGAGUCAAGGAGACAGUCGUCAAUGAGGGUACACAUUUUUUGAUUCCUUGGUUACAAAGAAGCAUCAUCUACGAUGUACGCACGAAACCCAGAAACAUUUCAACGACCACUGGAAGUAAGGAUUUGCAAAUGGUCAGCUUGACACUGAGAGUUCUACAUAGACCUGAGGUCCAACAGCUGCCCAAGAUCUACCAGAACCUGGGACAAGAUUAUGAUGAGAGAGUUCUGCCCUCUAUCGGAAACGAAGUCCUUAAAUCCAUCGUCGCUCAGUUUGAUGCUGCUGAACUUAUUACCCAGCGUGAAGCCGUCAGCAACCGCAUUCGAUCAGAUCUCCUCAAGCGUGCCCAAGAAUUCAAUAUUGCGCUCGAAGAUGUCUCAAUCACCCAUAUGACAUUUGGUAAAGAAUUCACUCGCGCUGUCGAACAAAAGCAGAUUGCUCAACAAGAUGCCGAAAGGGCGAGAUUCAUUGUUGAGAAGGCAGAGCAAGAAAGACAGGCCAACGUCAUCCGUGCAGAGGGUGAAGCAGAGAGUGCAGAUACUAUUAGCAAGGCUGUUGCGAAGGCAGGAGAUGGUCUGAUUAUGAUUAGAAGAAUUGAGGCUAGCAGGGAGAUUGCACAGACCUUGGCAAGCAAUCCUAAUGUCACUUACUUACCCGGCGGUGGUGAGGGUGGCAAAGAAGGUGGUGGAAAGUUUUUGCUUGGCUUGAGAUGAUUAUGACAAUUGGGAUCAAAAUGGAAUGGAAUGAAACCAAAAAGCGGAAAUGGGUCUUCUGUGUACUACUAGGAAUUAGGAAAAUAUAAUAUCCCCUCUGAGCAGGAAAAAGUGCACUACGUUCUGCUUUAUAUGUGGUAUAUUCCCUUCAUUAUUUCCUACUUAAACAUGGGCUUAUUUCAUUCUAUUCGUUCAAUGAGAGGUCAUGAGAUUAAGUGCCGGUAUAGUUGCCUCCCUCAAAGCAUAAAUAGGGUCGGUUUGCUUGCACCUUUCUAGCGUCAAAUACAAUUCAUAGACAGUUCUAGUUGUUUUCUUACA